AUGGUAGUUGGAUCUAGAUCAUCUGUUCCAAACGCUUACUUUCAAGAAAGGGAAAGAUUUAUUGCUCAGGAAAGAUGCCAGAGGACCGGAAAUGACAUAACAUUGACUGAACGAGAGAUUCGGGUAAACGAAAAGUUUAUGAAAGAAAAGUUCCGAGUUACUGAAAGUUCCAGGCUCAAUAACACCAUAUUCCCACCAGCACUGAAUUUCUUUAAAACCAAGCCACUAAUUGAUGCCUCAUCCAUCUUUCACAUGAUCCGAGAUAUGCCGAAAGGUGCUGCCUUGCAUGUCCACAGUAUGUCAAUAGUAUCUACGGACUGGUUGGUUUACAAUAUUACAUACAGGCCGCAUUGUUACAUGUGCCGAAAUUCUGAUGGGAAAUACAAAUUUCGUUUCUUUGAUACUGCUCCGGAAAACUCAGAUUGUCCGUGGAUCUCAAUAGCUCAAUCACGUCGUGAAUCAAGGAAUGUUAAAGCAUUCGAUCAAAGCCUCUAUGACAAAUUUUCGGUCGUGAUUAGCGAUCCAGAGAUACAGCAUGUUACAGUCAAUGAUGUAUGGGAUGAUUUUGUAGAAGCUUUUACUAUGAUAGAUGGUCUGAUUCAGCACGCACCUGUUUUCCGAGAUUAUAUUUGGGAGGCCAUGAAACAAUUCCAGGAAGACAAUGUACAAUAUCUAGAAAUAAGAGCUGAUUUACCACAUCUAUAUGAACUUGAUGGAAGAACUCACCCCAGACAUUACGGUAUGCAGAUUUAUCAGGAGCAGCUCAAUUCUUAUCGUGCUGAAAAUCCCGACUUCAAUGGUAUCAAAGUUAUUUUGGCUGGAAACAGACAUUUAUCAACAAGUGAAAUACGUGAAGAUGUGGAGUUAGCCAUAUCAUUGAUAGUUGCUUACCCCGAUUUGAUGGCAGGCUAUGAUCUGAUAUUUCAAGAAGGCAAGAGCAACCCUCAUGUUUAUUAUAUCAACGAACUGAUGCUACCAAGUUCCUAUAGUCCACCUAUUGAUCUACGAUUUUUCUUUCACUCAGGAGAAACGAAUUGGCAAGGUACAUCGAUUGACGAGAACCUGAUAGAUGCUGUCCUGUUAAAUUCUACGAGAAUUGGACAUGGUUUCGCUGUCACAAAGCAUCCUAAUGUUUUGAAAAUGGUUAAAGACCGAGAUAUAGCUAUUGAACUGAAUCCAAUAUCGAAUCAGGUUUUACACUUGGUGCAUGAUUUAAGAAACCAUCCUGGUACGUUCCUGAUAGCACAAAACUAUCCAGUGGUAAUAAGCUCGGAUGAUCCAGCUGUUUGGGACGCGACACCAUUAUCUCAUGACUUCUAUGAGACAUUUAUGGCAUUGUGUGGUCAAGACGAUGAUAUUAGAAUAUUUAAACAACUAGCGCUUAACUCCAUAAAAUACAGUGUUAUGUCGACUGAAGAAAAGGCGCUGGCUGUAGAAAUAUUUAACCAGAGUUGGCUUAGAUUCAUCAACAAAUAUGCAUAG